CAAUUGUUCAGUUGCAUUUUAGUUGCAUUCAUGUGCCUGAAGCUCAGCUUUUGGUUUACUCUAUUUGCUGAUAUAUUGGAUUUGCUGACCUACAGAAAUGUUACUUAGUUUUGUUCUAUUUCAUAUUGCUAGUCUCUGCCAUGUACCAGUGUCAGCUGUUGAUGUGGUCUCAUCAAAUGACGAUAGCGUUAUUUUGUUUGACAAUACGCAAGGAUUAGGGCGGCAGUUUGAUGGCAUUGGUGGAUUAAGUGGUGGAGGUGUAAGAAUCCUUACUCAUUAAAUUUUUUGAGAUUUACUUUGAGAUGGUUAACUUAAAACAUGAUGUCUUGUAUUUUCUUUUUAUCUUAAAAUCAGGCUAUAAAGGUUAAGUUUUAAUAAUUUUAAUUUAGAGAUUUUAAAAAAUAUUUGAUUUUAAAAAGAAAAACAAAAGAUGAAAAUAGUUUUUUUAUCUAGUAAAUUGUGUGUAAAUUUAAUAGCUAAUGCUUUUUUUUAACCAUAUCUCUGACAAAGUCUAAAAGUCAUAGACCGAUUUUGGAAUAGAAUUUAAAACACAAUUAAUGAUUGGUGAACAUUGCUUUUUUUUUUUUUUUUUUUGCUUUUUGAAGUUUUAAUCAGGAUCCAUCUAUACAAAGUCUAAAAGUCAUAGACCGAUUUUGGAAUAGAAUUUAAAACACAAUUAAUGAUUGGUGAACAUUGCUUUUUUUUUUUUUUUUUUGCUUUUUGAAGUAUUAAUCAGGAUCCAUCUAUCCUUCUCAGCUUGUACAGAAGGGGCACAUAUUAUUUAAGAAGUGAUUAUUAUUGAAAAGCACUGAAAAUGCAUUGAUUGGUUUCACAUACCUCUCAUGUGGUAUAUAGUGUAAUGCACCAACAUAAUCUUGAUAAUGAUUGAAAAAAAUAAAUUUAAUCAAACAAUACUCAUGUCACCUAGGAUGCCAUGGUCCCUGGGACAUAUUCUUGUUGUGUAAAUACUUCUUAUGAAAUAAGAUAAUGUUAAUUUAAACAAUAAAACAACAAUGAUCUAACUAUUUAUUUACAAAAAAGAACUUUAAAAAAUGUGAUUUCAAUACAUCAUGAAACGAUGUAUACUUUCAUGUUUGGAGAAAUUUGUUAUGUUAAAAACUUUGAUAUUUUUACAGAUUUUUAAUCCUGUUUUUUUUAAUCAAAUAAAUGCAUAUAAAUACCAAUGAUUAAGAAAAUGGAGCUUUUUAUGUGAAUGUAUACAGUACAAAAUACAAAAGUGGUAAAAUGUUAAAAAUCCUACACCUGACACAAAAUUUAAGUCUCAAGCCAGCCUUUUGGCACAAUAUUAUUGAGAGGUAGCAGAUUCAUCAAGGGGUCAACUUCACCUAUAAAUAGCUGGGUGGAUGAGCUCAUUGAGGCACCUAAUGUUGGGGCGGACAUUAACCCUAAGUAAAAUACCUCAACUAACUCACUCAUAAGACAGCAGAAAACUUAAAAGUUAACUGUCUAUACAAAAAAAAUAGUUUUUCUAUAAUUAAUUUACAGCAGCCAGAAUUGAUCUGGAACGUGAAAAAAAAAUUUAAAUGAAGGUCCAAUUAAUUUUUUUUUCUGUGCACAAGGCUACAUCAAAACUCCUUGUAAAUUAUCCUGUGAAACAACUUGAUGAGAUAUUGGAUUAUUUAUUCAAGGUAUGUCUAGUUUAUUAUUUUAGGUAGGCUACAAUUUCAGAUGCAGCCCAAGAAAGUAUAUUUGUAACAGUAAUUGCUUCUUAUUUUUGAAGGAAUCAUGUUUCCUGAAAGCGAAACUUAAAACCUUAAAAAAAUACAAAAACUUUGUGGUGGUAUAAAUGGAAAUUGUAUAUUAGAGAGUUCUCAUCUUUUUGUUAUACUAUUCUUGAGCGUUAGUGUAAAUAGACCAAUGCAUUUAUUAAUUUAAGUAUAUAAUCCUUUAGCCAAACUUUGGGGCCUCUCUUCAAAUUCUCAAAGUUGAAAUUGGUGGAGAUAUCCAAAGCACAGGUAAUUUUUUGUGUGUCUUUUUCAUCUCUUCUUAACUAAAAAAAUAUAUAUUGAUUAGUUUUUAUUUUUAUCUUACAUACUUAAUAAAUGAAAUGUGGCACUGGAAAUCUGUGAAAUUUCCUCAUCAACACCAGGAACAGAAACAUUGCAAAUCCCAUCUACAUGCAUAGGAGCCAAAAUGAUCAAUAAAUUGAUCGUGGGCCCUUAAGAUAUAGAAGAAGAAGAAGAAGAAUGAUAUAGUAUGUUAUAGACAGUUUAGGUUUAAUUAUUUUUUUUUAAACAAUAGAAUCAAAAAUUAGAAUUGAACUAAACAUAUUACAAAAUACCCUGCAAGUAACAUAUUUGUUUUGCACAUUUCUUUUUUUUUACCCCAACAAUUGCUUUGAAACAGAUGGCACAGAGGCUUCACACAUGCAUUACAGCUGGGAUGAAAACUAUGAAAGGGGUUACGAGUGGUGGUUGAUGUUAGAAGCUAAAAAGGUAUGUUCAUUCUAAUUUGUUACACGAUAUUUAAUAGAGGGUAUUAAGAUUUAUCAAUCAUCAAGGUGUAAGACUGAGGGGGAGUGAAAAUCUUUAAUAAUUUAAAUUCUCAAAACUCCAGGACUGGCCAGUUAACUCUGAUAAUUAGAUUAAUAUUGUCACAGAAAAGAAUACAUUUGUCCACACUGUUCUAGGACGUGAUAAAUUGCACUCCGUUAUCUUAGCUUUUCCUCCUUCAACAAUAUUUAAAAAUUUAGUACAUAUUUAUAUUUUAUAUAUAUAAUAAUAAAAUUAUGUUUCUUCUCUAUUAAAGCCUUAAAAGAAAAAUUAAUAAUUUCAGAGAAACCCAGACAUUAAGCUGUAUGGGUUGCCAUGGGGAUUCCCUGGCUGGGUUGGGCAAGGAACACAAAAUCCAUAUAUUGACGCCAAACUGACAGCUGACUAUAUAGUCAGAUGGAUUAGUGCAGCCAAAACGUUUUACAACUUAACUAUUGAUUACAUUGGGGUAAGCAGUAUUUAUUAAUAUUAGCAAUGCAAUACAUGAGAGCUAUUUUCAUUAUUAUGUUUAAUUUAGCCACUCAAUGAUAAUUUACAGGCAAAAAUUUCAUUACUGUUCAAUUCAUAAUAAUGUAUUGUCGCACUUCCCCCAACCCACUCCCCCAAACUUUAAAAAAUUUUCCAAUUGAUUAUCAUUAUAGGGAUCUCAAUGUAUAAAUAAAGCUAAUAAAUAAAUUUUGUGUCCUGAAUGGACACCUUUUAUCUCAUGACAAGCAAACUGGCAAUGGCCUAUUAAAUUAUAAAAUUAUAGUUAAUCAGAUGAAUAUGUCGGGUUUGUAAUUCUUUUGAUAUUUUAAUGUCCCAGAUCUGGAAUGAACGAAAUUACAACAUCGAUUACGUUAAGGUAUGGUUUAUGAAAGUUGGUUAUAACUUAUAUCUUAUGCCUAUAUUUUGUCUAGCCUAAAAAAGUAUAUGUUGUGUGAGUCUUCUAACCCUAUUACCAUUUAUUAAUCAUAAGAAAAUUGCAAAUUUUUGAAGUGAAUGAGAUUAUGAUAUUUAAAUUUUAAGAAAGCAAAGUGUUUUUAGUGGUCAGAAUAAUAUAAAAUAAAAACUUUUUAGAAAAGGUUUGGAAUUUUUAAAAAUUUUGAGAUAAGUAUUAUUUCUUCAAUUCAACAGACCUUGAGAAAGACAUUGGAUGAAAGAGGACUCUUAGAUGUGCUCAUUGUAGCUUCAGACAACCACUGGGAGAUUGUGAAUGAUCUUAAAAGGGAUGCAGAAUUUGCUAGUGUGGUUGAUAUAAUAGGGUAAAUUAAAGCAAAUUUACAGAGUUGAGCAAAUUUCAAGUCUCCGGUUACAUUGCUUUGAGUUUAUCAUUUAUAAGCAGCAUUUAUUUUUCUCAUUAAAAACAAUGAGCUAAGAGCUUUAAAAAUAAUUUAUUAUUAAAGAUACAUUAAAAGUAAUAUAGGUCUUUAGUAGGCCUACUUUCCUUAGCAGUUAAAUUAAGCAUAGCUUAUUGACAGCUUUAGAACAAAAUUAAUAGUGUUGUUUUCUCUUUUUUCAUCACAUUAAUUAUAAAAUUUAAGCUGAAUACCAUUGUUCAUGAAGUUUUUUUUUAAGUUUAAAAGUUUCAAACAAUAUUAUAUUCAUUCUCAUCUAGUACUCACUACCCUGGAACAAACUCAACUCAAGAUGCAGUUAGCACUGGCAAACAGCUGUGGUCUUCAGAAGAUUUUAACACUUUCAAUGAUGAAAUUGGGGGUGGAUGUUGGGCCAGGGUAAGCUUUUACAAUAAUUUUAUAAAAACUUCAAAGUAAGUUAUUAGUAAAAUAUUUUUGAUUUUUUUAUCAUAAAAGCUAAACAGCUAUGUUGAUUUUAAAUUAAAAUCUUGAAAAUAAGUUUGGCAAUCCUGAAAUAAAAAUAAGGAUAUCAUGAAAAAUGUGUAUUAAAGAUAUAAAGAGCACUGCUUUCCAAAAGAAAAGAAAGUUUUAAAUAAUAGCAAAUUUAAUUUGCUAUGACUUUUUAACUUACAUUUAUAAAUUCUCUUUAAUUUGCAUGCAUAUGAAGGAUACCCGGAACUUAUAUUUUAAUUUAUUAUAAUCCAAAUGGUUUAUAAAAAUCAAAAAUAUGUAAAUCUGUUAAUUAAAUUUUCUAUUACUAUUGACAGAUUUUAAACCAAAACUAUGUAAAUGGCUUAAUGACUUCGUAAGUACGCCUACUUUGGAAUAGACUGUUAAGAUCCAAUAAUUUGUUCUAAUGAAAUUGACUUUAAUUAGAGCUAGAUAGGUAGCUGAUAAUUAUCUCUCUCCCCAAUAGCAUUCUUUGCAAUUUUAAAGGAUAGGCUUAGUAUCAAACUUAAUAUUAUAUACUAGAAAUAACCCUGGUCUGAGUGUAAAGACGUGGUGAAGCAGGUCAAAGCCCUACAUGGGUUGUAACACCACAGUGUUGGGUGGAUAGAAAUAACCUGCCAAACAAUGGCUGCAGCAUUGCAUGAACUUUCCAUCUACUAAAAUUUCUUGACAAAACAUGCAUUAUAAGAAUACCAAUUAUUGAUAAUUUCUGGGAAUUUUAUUUUGAGCGCCUAAAGAACACAGCAUAACAGCCAAGCCACAUACCUCAAGAAUUAUUAUUUGUGAUGGUAACUAACACUUUCUUUGUAAUUUAAAAUUUUUUUUUAAAAAUGUAAACCAUUAUUUUUAAAUGUAGGCCUUCUUAUGCAUAACAAAUAAAAUUACUUGUAAUUAAGAAAAUUUUGCAGCAGUUACUAAAAUAACAGUUAGUAUAGUGGGUAGAUUUGUUGAAAAAAAAAUCUUAAGUCAACUUUGCUCAGGCAGCAGGCAAAAUAAUAUUCAUUUUGAUUCUUUUUUUUUUUUAAAGAACAAUAGCUUGGAAUCUGAUUGCCAGUUAUUAUAGAGGUCUGGCUUAUUAUAAAACAGGUCUGAUGACAGCUCUUCAGCCUUGGUCAGGCAACUACCUUGUACAGACUCCCAUUUGGAUAUCUGGUAAGUUAUUUUGAAGUUGACAAGUGCUUUAUAAAGAAUGGGGAAUAAAAUAUUGAUUUAUUAAAACUAAAGAAAAUUAAAUAAUUAUUGGUUCAUUAAAACCACUUGUUUUAUAUUUGAAAGUCUGUUCCAUAAAUAAAAUGUUGCAUCUAACUGUAAAAUAAUUUUUACAAUUACUUAUUUCUGAAUGUCAUUAUUUAGGUCCCAACAACCACACUAUAGACUAGUUACUCAGAAAAAUUGGAGCUGGAAAGUAACAUAAGAUAGCAGUAGGAUAUAUUGUUAUGUAUUGCAGAUACACUAAAAAAGAAUAAAUCUCUUCCACCUUUCAAUUUGUUCUUUAAAAAAGCUACUUUGAUGCUUCCUCCACAGACUCCUCCCAUGGAUGCUUGAAAUUAAUGUAUGCAUUUAAAAUUCUGUUUAGUCAAGUCUAUUUUUUUUUAGCUCAUACAACACAGUUUACCUCUAUUGGGUGGAACUACUUGAAACAUGGCAAAGGAGUUGGAAAACUUCCAAAAGGUGGUUCUUAUGUGGGGCUGAUUAGUCCAGAUGGUCAGCAGUUGACAAUUGUUAUUGAAACCAUGGUAAAUCAAGAAAAGUUUCAAUAAUUAUAUAUCAUAUUAUUUUUUUAUAAAUGGUAGAAAAAAAAUUAUACUAUUUAUCAAUAAUAUUAGCUUUAUUAAAUGUUUAAAGAACCCAAUCUACAAAAGCAAAUAUUCUUUCUAUCAAUAAUCUUGCUUUGCUUUGUAUGAAUAAGCUUUCACUUUGCUAUUGUGUGUUCUUUUGUAAUUUUGAAACUAAUAGCAAAUAUCUUUUUUGUCAUUAAUCUAAAUUACAAACACAUUCACAUAUAUUUAAAUUGUUCAAAAUAUUUCAUGUUUUUACGGUGAUAGUCACAUAAUCACUCAGUCUGCAUACGACCAGAUUUGCCCAGCUAUGAAGUGUAUCCGCAGAAUGUCACCAUUUCUCUCAAAGGCAGUUUUGUGAGUAAAAUAGAAAUACUUGAGCAUCUCAUGGAUUUUUAAAUUAAAAAAACCCACAAAGAUUCUUUAUGUGGUCCUACAGAGUCUGGAGAUGUUUCUAAAGCAGAACAACCACUAAUUUAAAAUUUGAAAAUUGACCCACCUUGUUAAGCUAAUGUAAAAAUAUACUUAUACAAAAAUUAAUCAUGCUGCUGAAGAUUAUGUAAAGUAAUUAAAAUGAAAUUGGUUGUAUUAUAUAAAUAAAAAUGGUAAUCUUAGUCAAAAUAUCAGUAAAACAUUUUUUUAAUUAUGUGUCACCUUAAAUCAUGUGCAUGCUGCAGCUUCUAAUAGACUAAUUUUAAUUACCUACUCAACAUCAAUAUAGAUUUUUUUUUAAAUUCUGAAACAAACUUUCUGUAAUAAAGUAUUUCUACGUUGAUUUACAUCCUCAUCUGUUGUUUUGAUAUUGUUUAAUGUUUUAAUAUUUUAAUUUUCAAGUUAUCAAUAUCAGAGCUGAAUGUUUGGUACACCAAGCUGCAUUAUGAUGGAUCCCCAGACAUUACAUUUCAAAAACUAAAUUCUAUCAAGGUUGGUUGGUUUUUCCUUUGAAACAGUACAUUAUAUUAAAUGAAAGAGAGAGUUUUGAAAAUGAUAGUUGGAUUCAAUUGUUAACAGUUUCAACAGAAAAUGAUUUUUAGUUAACAAGCUAUUGCUUUUACAAUUCUUUUCAAAAUUUUUCUUUCCCAGUUUAACAAUGGCCAUGCAACUCUAAAUUUAGGACUAGAUGAAGUUUUUACAUUAACAACAAUGGCUGGGGGAUCUAAAGGAUCCUAUCCAGACCCACCUUCCCCCAAACCAUUCCCACUUCCUUACACAGAUGACUUUGAAAGUAAGACGGAUCAUUUAAUUUGAUAGAAAUAUUGUAUAAUGUGGAAAUCUUUAAAAAAUUAAAAGUCAUUUAUAUCAUAUGUUAGCAUUAACAUAUUUUAGAUACGCAUAAGUUUAAGCCAAAGUUAAGUUAAUUAUCUUUAAAAAUAUCAUUUAUGUCAUGGUUUCUUUGAGUAAUUAAAAUUUUAUAAUCUAUCUUUAUAGAGAGAUUCAUUAAAAUCUGUAGCACUGAAAUUUAUUUUUCUUUAGCUUAUAAAUUGCAUCAAGAGCCAAAUAAUCUUGCCCAGCAAACUGGAGCUUAUGAGGUUCUGAGUGAUGGUCGGAACAAGUUUAUCAGGCAAAUGGUAUUGGAAACCCCUGUGGCCUGGUGUGUUUCUGACUUUGUUAAUAAAUCUCUCAGUGUUAUCGGGGACUAUGAUCAAUGGUGAGAUUGCUCUGUCUUAGAAAAUUACAACACUCAAUUAUUUAGAAAUGAAUUUAUUUAGAGAUUCAAUGUCUCAAAAGGGCUCUUCCAGUUUACUUGUCACACAAAAUAUGAAUCUAGAUUUUUAUUUUUUGUAAACUCAUUAAUGCAUAUACUAAUGUGGAGCUGGAAACUGUUGGGAAAGAAUGUAUUAUUUAUAUAGCUAGCUUAAUAAGGGUGGAAAAUAAUUUGAACAAUAAUUUUUUGUAUGAAAAAUGCUUCAAGGACAGUUUUGUUUGCUGUGAAAUGAUUGACAAUGAAAAAAUAUAUUUACAAAAUACCUUAAUAAACUGUCUCAUAUACAUGUCAGUAUAUUUUAUGUAUUACAUCUGAAACAGGACUAAUGUGUUUGUAGAAAUUGACUUCAACAUCCCUGCAGUAAAUGGUACUAGUGGAGUGUGUGUAGGUGCUAGGUUGGAUCGAGGGGGAUGUGAAACACAUAUCAUUCAAGGAAUAUUUUUCUUUGUGCUCUUUGAUGGCACGUACCAGUUAACUAAUGACUUUGGUAGGUCACUGGUUGGCUCAGUUUUGUGAACUUGAUACAAACAGUUAAAGCAAUUUAAAUAUUGUCUGCAACAUUAACACAACCAUAAGACAUAUUGUCAAUGUUACAGCAAAGCAGAGUCUAUAACACAAUGCUCCAGCUGAUAAGUUAUUUCUUUUUACCAACCGUCUGUUAAUGUCAUAUUGAUGAUGUUUACUUUAUUUGGUGAAAAGGCUGAAUCUAAAUAGGGCCUUAAAUUUUAAUGUGAUAAAUUUGUUGGAUUCUGGCCUUACCAAUUGUAAAAAGUUAAGUGAAAUUUCAAAUCAGCAGUGAAAAAGAUGCCGGUGUAAAAGAUAACAUUUGUUUGAACAAAAUCUGUUUAACAAACGUGCAGACUUAAGUUGAAAACAAUUCCUCCAUUUUCACCUGAAUUAAUACAGAAAGCUGCGACUUUAAAAAAUUGGUUUUUGUAUAUUUAUUUUUCUUUUUGCCAUUCCAUUAAUUUAUUGCUUGCAAGCUCAAUAAUUAUGUCAUGUGUUGUGCAUAGUUGGUAUUAUAAUGGGAAUAAAUUAGAGCUGAUAAAUGGAAUUAAUGGUUUUGUUUUAUAAAAAUUAUCACAGAUAUCUCUGUAUCAAAAUUACUUAAAGUAAUUUUGGUUCCUGAUGAUAUUGGAUCUUUUGCAAAUUUCACAUCAUUUUCGCAUAAUAUUAAAUGUAAAAGGUCAUUUAUCACCUUACUUUAUAAGCAAUGGGAAUGAGAAAUGCAAAGCAACACAUGUAAGAAAUCAUUUUUAUUCUUUUUUAAAUUUGUAAAUUAAAUAUUUAUGCUAUCAGUGUAUGUAGUCCUACUGAGCAUAUUUUUUUUAUAAAGUGUUACGUCUGCUCAACAGCUAGAACAAAGGUAAUAAAGGAAGGAACAUUAGCACAACAGUCUGGAUGGCACACAUUUUCUCUUCUUGUUCAGGUAACUAUCUUACAUAGUUUUCAAAAAUGAAAAACCUCAAAGAUGCAUAGUAUAAUUUGCAUUCUUGCAUUCAACUACAUUGUGACAUAGAUUUGAACUUUAAAUUUCAACUAUUCAUAAUUCACAUGUAUCAUUCGGGUAAAAUUGGUUAUGCAUAUGCUUAUGAAGUUAUCAUUUAUGAUCUCAAUACUUUUCUCUUACAACAGGGAAACAGAGCUAUUGGAGUGUUUGAUAGGAAUAUUGUGUUUAACUCAACCAUUCCCAACCUACCCACCAAUGGCUUUGCUGGCAUAGGAACUGACAGUUAUGGUUUAGCAGAUUUUGAUAAUCUGUACUUGGCUAUUCCAGCUUAAGAGUUGGCUGCUUGAUGGAAAAUCUUCAGCAACAAAAAAUAAUAAUUAUUGCUUUUCAAUGCUGAAUAGGAAAAUCUGAUGAAAUAUAUUUAAAUAAGCCAUUUUAUCUUUUGCCAAAGAUAAAAGCAUAAAAUGUUGUACUACUUCUAUCCCCCCCCCCACCCUUUUUGGGGGGGAGGGGUCAUCCUCUACAAAUUAAAACUAAUUUGAAUAUGUUGACAUUUUAGAUUUUUAUUUCUCAGUUGUAUUAAUGCUCAAUAAAAUUAUCAUGACAACUAUUUUCAUGCGUUCUGUAACAAUUGUUUUAAUUGAAUUUUUAAGUAGUGGAACCACGCUUUUACGCAAAUUCCCAAAUAAAGCAGCGGUGGCAUGGCUCGCAAAAUUUCAAAUACAUUCACUAUUAAAUAUUUUUCCUUGUACAACACAAUCAGAAGUCUACUAAAAUAAGUCCAACUUCAACAUCACGUAGCACCCUAAAUACAAAUUUGUUGUUUUAUUUUUAAAAAUUACCACUUUUUCUACUUUUUAAUAAUACCAAAGCUAUUAGCAUAGAAUAUUGUUUACAAAAAAUAUUGAAAGAUCCCCAAUAUUAAUGGAAUCUGAUUUUAUUGACCCGAAUUAUUGCUUAUAGCAAAGUAACAUAGUUUUUUUAAACAUCAGCAAGG